CCGGGAAACCGGAAGUUAAGCUCCUACCCAGUCCCCCUCCUCCAUUUCCAAAGAUUUUCACGCCACCCCUCCUUAGCCGGCCUUGGAACUUCUUGCGGCCCGCGCCUGAGGCCUCGGUAAUCAUGAAGUGUUGGCAGGGGACCGCUGAAAAGGGGUGCCGGAGUGGGGAGUGGCCAAAGGUAGAGGAGCCUGGCUCCUGCUGAGGAAGGGGGGAGGGCUGGAGGCAGAGAGUACUACUGAGUUCGAAUUCUCCCUGUAGGGCAGACCACCUCCUGCCAGUGCCUCCUUGAGCCCAAUUCCUGGACCCCCCCAAGCCGGGGACCCCUCCUCUCCCCCCCCACUCUGGAGAUGGAUGGGGCUGGCUGGGUUGCGAAAGGACUAGGGGCCUGAGAAUUUUCCUGCAGCUUACAGCAUAUCCACAGGGCUGCUCUGGUGUCUGACCGGGGUCGACUUUAGCCUCCGGCUUCCUUUUCGGGAGCUCCUUUCCUGCUUAGACGGAGGUUUUCAGGAGGGCCAGUACUGGAUGCAGUUUUUCUGCACCCUGUAAGGACCCCGGAGUCCUGCACCCCAUACCCCCAACUCCUUUCCCCACCGCCACUCCCCACCCCCUCUUCUCCUGUCCCUUAGGCAGCCUUAACUUUAGUCACCCCAAGCAUGCUUAUUCAGGCUAAAUAAAGCAAUAACGACCAGAGAGAGGGCUGAGAGUAAAGGGGAGUUAAGGAGGGCUUCCUGGAGGAGGGGAGAUUGUCAUUUGGACUGUAGGGAAGCUGGGGAGGGCAGUGGUCUGAACUGAGAGUCUGUCAGCCACCCAUCGAGGACAGGCAGAGUAGGUACUCCUGGCCAGGAGCUGGAGGUGCUGUUCAUGGACCCCCAGGAGGCUGGUGUGUCCCUGGGCAGAGGGUGUGGCAGGGAGGAGAGGGAUGGGGUCAUUAGGGCUGGGAAUGUCAAAGAACAUCAUUGAGGAUAUGAUGGGGGUGCCUGAAGAACAUCACCUCAGGGGUUGAAUGGAGGCUGGUUGGAAGGGGGAAGAGAGCCUAGGAGGCCCUGCAGUCAGGAAUGCAGGGUUGAGAGGAGGAGGAGGGCCUUCCCCACAGGGAGGACUGCCCUCUUGCAAAGGGAGCCCCACCUAGGCAGCUGGGGAGCAUGCCAGGCCUGCAGGGAGCAGGGCCUGAGUUCUAAUGUGACCUCAGACCCUUCCUGUGCUAUUGCUCCCUCUUUUGUCUUUGAACCAAGAGCCUGUCCUCUCUCCCUGGAGGGGCUUCCUGGCUGAAGAUCUACCCCCUGGAGGCUGGCUGCCCCCCUGGAGCAUUGGGAGGGACCUCCAUUACUCCUCCACCCUCAGCCCAAGGGGGCCUUCAGCAGGCACUUGAGGACUUCUGGGAUGGGAGAGCUCCCAGGUUGUCCUCCUGCAGCCCCUACCCCUGAGAGCAUGGCUUUGGCUUUGGGCCAGUUUCUUCUCAGAUGCGACCCACCUUUGCAUCUUGGCCACAUCCAGGCCCUGUUCCUGGUUAUCCCCAUGCCCCCUCUCCCCUUCCCUGUCCCUUCCUCCCCCUUCACCUGUCUCAUUCAAACCCCCAGGUGGCCCCUCAUUGUGGGCCUCAUUCCCUCAGCCCCCACAUCCCCUCUCCAUUGGGGCCCUGCUCUCCCCCAGGAGUUCUCUGCUGCCCCCACCUCCCUCAGGCUGUAUCUAGGCAGUCUAGGGGGAAGGAUUUUGGAAGGGGGCUCUCUCCUGCCAAGCCUGGUGGGUGGUGGCCCAGGAAGAAUCCCAACCCUGGGGUGGGGUCUAGAGGUUGGGGAGGGGUCUAGGAGGAGAGAGGUGUCAUUCUAGGGGCCCAGGGAUUCCUGACCCAGGUGUCCUAAUCCCUAUCUCCUGCUUUAGAGAUUCCCCUGUGCUGCCCUAAGACCCAGCUCUCUGUAAGGAUCCCUGAGCUCUGCCUUCCUGCCCCCGGACUCCCCAGGAGCCAAAGCCCUUUCCUUGCCCCCUUCUUUGGACCCCUAGUCCUUGGACUGAUCCCCAUCAGGGCCCAGGCCUUGGACUCCCUGGAUCCAGUUCCCUUUAGGGAUUCUCAGCCUCAGCUGUGCCAGAGGGUCCUAGGUACCCUCUCCAGCUCCAAGGGAGACCCUAGCACUCCUUCAUCCUGUUUCCCCAGGCUCAGUUGCCCCUCCGGGAACAUUUGAUUCUCUCCAGGGUGCCUGCCCUCCUUGCCAGGAGCUCUGUUGUACUGUGUGCCUUCCCAGCCCUUCCCUUAGCUCCCCUUCCCCAUGGUUCCCUGCUCCCCUUCUGGCAGAGCCCUCAGAUCCCUUCCCUACCUAGGUGUUUUAGGCUCCCACCCUAAACACUGGGGGCUCCCCCUGGGCCCAUCCCAUAUGGGAUCCCAUGGCCCUGCUGCCUUUUGGGGCUAUGGGAGGAUGGGAGAAGGCAGAGGGCAAAAGAGAAGUAACAGAAGGAGGGGCUUAUCUGCCCCUUCAUACCUUCUCUCCCCAAGCUGCCCCCACCUCCCUCUGCUGGUAGCAGGUUUUCCCCUGAGGGUAGGCCUGGCCCUUGGUGACUCCUGUGGCCCCUCACCCCUUGUGGGGCAGCUUCAGGCCUGGGAAGAGAAGAGAAAACCUCUGCCCCUCUGGGUCCCUUCUCCCUCCCCAGCUCAGGGUGCAGAGGCCAAGGGCCUGACCCCAGGAGGGAUGUGGCUGAGCCAGACCCUGAGCUGGGAGGGAGAUCGGGUCCAACCGAGAGCAAUUGACCCAGAGAGUGAGGCCAAAGGCAGAGAGGAAGAUGGGCUUUUCUACUCUGGGAGAAAGAGAGGGACUGUCCCAGAAGAGGGCCUCCAGGCCAGCUCCUGGUGCUGAGAAGGGCAGAGAAGUCAGACAUUCCCUGGGCCAAGGGAGGCCUGUUGGGAAGAAUUUUUACUGCAGCUCCUUUCAGGAGGUCAUAAAGAGGGGGGAGGGGGCAGUACCCUGAGUGGGGAGAUGUUAAGAGGAAUUCUUUAUUACUUUUUCAAUUUAAUGGGGGACCUGGAGGUCCUCUUACCCUAGAGAUAUCUUGUGAUUAAUUAGCCCACAGUUCUAGGAGUAGAAGCCAUAGAGACAGGAAGUGAGGUAGGAAAAGGGCAUAAAAGGUGCCAGUAUCAGUUGGUCAGUCUGUCAGUUGCUGGCAGGUGGGGGGACGUUUGCUGCUGUGGGUUGGAUUGGCGGUUUGUGGUUAGUUUCUGGACCAUAAAGAUAGGGCUGAGCUUACUGAGAGGUGUUUUUGGCUUUAGCCUUUAGAGGGCUUUUGGGUUUUGGUUUGGGCUGUUAGGGUUUUUCUUCCUUGAACUUUUUAGAAGGUGGCUGGUCUUUGUGACAGACCUAAUUGGAGUUGGAUUAAAUACUGAUUGAGCUGGUUUUGAUUGGGUUGGAACUUUGUAGGAUGGUUGCUAUUAUUAGCAGUAGUUAUAGGCAGUUUUAGGUAGUAAAUAUAAGUAGUUAUAGGAUCGCUAAUAUAUAGACAUUGGGAAAUUUUCUUUUUCUGCAUCUUUCCUAUAUUUCUCUCCUUUACUAUAUUCAUUUUACUAUAUUCUUUUAAUAUAUAUUUUCAUUAAACUUAAUUGUUAAAAGCUGUUAGAAGUUUUUUUCCUCUGGCUUAAAGGGGCAAUAUUUAUUUACAACCCUUCUAUAUUCUCAUUAAAACUUAAAUUAUCAAAAGCUGCUCUUUUUUUGCCGGAACUCCUACUUUAACCCUCAAAGAGAAAAGGCCAGGAAAAGAUGGAGGAACUUCACCAGAUGGCCUCUCGGGGGCUACUUUGUUGCCUCUACAGGGAGCCAGCAGUCCCAGGGAUGGCCUUUGAGAGGGACAGACUCUCAGCCCAGGUAAGUUCAUUCCAGCCCCAGAUGGGAGCCCCAACAACCAGUGAGGACCUUCCAUGGCUUUGACAGAAGAUGGGCUGGGAAGCUGCUUCCUCCUUCCUGCUGAGCCAUUUCUGUACCCACACCCAGGAAAAGAGGAACCGUACUUUCCAACUCUCUUCUUGGCUUUGUCUCUUGGGCAGCUCAGACCCCAAGAGCUCCCCAGAACACUGCCUCUCAUGUUGGAUUUCUUCCUGGGCACAAGUGAGCAUCGAGGAUGACCACUAAUUCCUUCUCCUUCCCUGCCUAGAGAUGGUGGUAACACUCACACCCUCUUCCUCUGCUCCUUUUCACCUGUUCCCUCUUUUUUUUUUUAAUUGAAAAUUUUUAUUUAAUUAAUUUACUUAGAAUAUUUUCCCAUGGUUACAUGAUUCAUGUUCUUCCCCUCUCCUCAUUGGACCUCCCCCCACCCCAGCCAAUGAGUAAUUCUACUGGGUUUUACAUGUGUUGUUGAUCAAGACCUAUUUCCAUAUCAUUAAUAUUUGCAUUUGGGUGAUCAUUUAGAGUCUACAUCCCCAGUCAUAUCCCCAUCAACCCAUGUGAUCAAGCAAUUGUUUUUCUUCUGUCCACAGUUCUUUCUCUUGAUGUGAAUGGCAUUCUUUCUCAUAAGUCCCUCAGAAUGGUCCUGGAUUAUUGCAUUGCUGCUAGUAGAGAAGUCCAUUACAUUUGAUUGUGGCAUACUGUAUUAGUCACUGUGUAUAUGGUUCUCCUGGUUCUGCUUUCACUCUGCAUCAGUUCCUGAAGGUCAUUCUAGUUCAUAUGGAAUUCUUGCAGGGCAUUAUUCCUUUGAGCACAAUAGUAUUCAACCAUCAACAUAUACCACAAUUUGUUCAGCCAUGCCCCAGUUUAAGGGCAUCCCCUCAUUUUCCUGUUUUUUGCCACCACAAAGAGAGAGUCUAUGAAUAUUUUUGUACAAGCCUUUUUCCUUAUAAUCUCUUUGGGAUAUAAACCCAGCAGUGGUAUGGCUGGAUCAAAGGGCAGACAGUCUUUUAAAGCCCUUUGAGCAAUGUUCUAAAAUGCCAUCCAGAGUGGUUGAAUCAAUUCAAAACUCCACCAGCAAUGCAUUAAUGUCCUGAUUUUGCCACAUCCCCUCCAACAUUUAUUACUUUCCUGUGCUGUAAUCUUAGUUAAUUUUGCUAGGUGUGAGGUGGUACCUCAGAGUUGUUUUGAUUUGCAUUUCUCUGAUUAUAAGAGAUUUAGAACUUUUUCAUGUGCUUAUUGAUAGUUUUGAUUUCUUAUCUUAAAAUUGCCUAUCCAUGUGCUUUCUCUAUUUAUCAAUUGGGGUAUGGCUUGUUUUUAGUACAAUUGAUUUAGCUCCUUAUGUAUUUGAGUAAUUAGAUCUUUGUCAGAGGUUUUUGUUAUGAAUUUUUCCCCCUAUUUUUUCUCUUCUAAUUUUGAUUGCAUUGGUUUGGUUUGUACAAACCCUUUUUAAUUUAAUGUUAUCAAUAUUAUUUAUUUUAUAUGUUGUAAGUUUUUCUAAUUCUUGUUUGUCUUAAAAUCUUUCUUUUCCCAUAGAUUUGGCAGGUAAACUAUUCUAUAUUGGCCUAAUUUAUGAAUAGUUUUCUUCUUUAUAAUCAAGUUAAUCACACAUUCUGAAUUUAUGUUGGUGUAGGGUGUGAGAUGUUGAUCUAAACCUAAUUGCUCCCAAACCAUUAUACAACACCCCUCCCCCACUGACUCCUGUUCCCUCUUGAGUCUGGUACAGAACAGAUCCUGAGGGUAUCCCCUGGUCCCUGCUGUCCUCAGGGAAGCCAUUGUUCCCUGGUGCUGCUCACUGGCUUCUGUAUCAAGUCUUUGAGUCUUCCCAAGUCACUCUAGCUUGUUUUUCUUUCCCACUUCUUAGCCCAAGUCAGCCAGUCUGGAGGAACACCCUGGUUUAUACUGGGCACUACUUAGCACAAAGGAAGGGAGAAACCCUUGGCUGCCCUCCCACUGCCUGGAUAGACUGGGGAAACUCCUCAGCAGCUAUAUCCAAACCAGCUCUGUGAGGGCAUGAUCAAGGCAGGCAUUGUGGGAGGGAAGUCUCUAAGGGUUCUGGGGAGAUCAUUGGUUCUGGAGGGGAGUAUUCACCUGGGACUCAAAGGAAGCUCAGAGUCAGGAGGGGGACAUUUCCUACAGGGGGACAGACAGUCCCUGGAAAGGCCCAGAAUUAGACCAUGGAAGGUCUUGGCCAAGUUUCAGCCAGGAAAUCAGUGUCCCUGAGUCAGAGGAGGAAAAGGGAGUUGUGAGGGGAGAGGAAGGGCCGGGAAGGUCAGUAUAUGCCAGUGGAGCCUGUUGUAAAAUCUGGUAUUGGGAUGCCCUCUGACCAUAAUGUGCCCACAUGAGAUUGCAGCAUUGUUAUUAAGACAUGAGACACAAGUAUUUAUUGACCAAAGGAUUAUUAGGUAUGAAAUAACACUACUAAACAAUAAACACUUCACACUAAAACGCUGUGGAAUACUUAAUCCUGCCACUUUACUUCCUGAUUUGCUAACCUCUGGAGAACCUUUACCCCAUUGUACAUCUUUAGUGUCCAUUGUUGAUAAACCUCAUAAUGAUUUACUGGACACCCCAUUGGAUAAUUUGGAUUUAAUAAUAUUUAGAGAUGAUUCUUGAUUUAUGAGAGGUGGCGUGCAUUAUGCAGUAACUGUAGUAGUUAAUGAAUUUGAAAUUGUGAUCAGCUUCCUUACCCUCAAAUGUAAGAGCACAAGGUGCAGAACUCACAGCAUUGAAACAUGCCUGUAUCAUUGCAAAGGACAAAAGAGUCACAAUCUACUUAGAUUCCUGCUACACCUUUGGUGUGUCACGCUGUUGGCAUGUUAUGGCUCCAAAGAGGAUUUUUAACCUCAUCUGGAAAAUCUAAGGCAAAUGUAGGCAUUAUUAAUGAAAUUCUUUAUGCUGUCCAGCUGCCCAUAGCCAUAGCUGUAGUUAAUUGCUCUGCACAUACAGGUGGCACUGACCCUGUCUCUACAGGAAAUGACCGAGCAGAUUCCAUUACAAAGAUAGCGGUCAUAGAAGGGCCUGAAUUAAUUUUAACAUUAACAACCACUGAUGACUUAAAUUUAUCACUUUCCUAUAAUGAAAAGGAAGUGGAAAAAUGGAAACAAAAAUUUAAAGCAUAGCAGAUUAAUGGAGUAUGGGUGUCAUCUGAAGGAAAACCCUUGCUCCUUAGGAGUUUUUAUCAACAAAUUUGCCAAUGUAUUCAUAAAAAUGGUCAUUUUGUCACCCAGGGCAUCGUGAACUCUUUUAAAAAAGUAUAGAUAGCCCCUGGUAUAACUACUAUAGCCUCAAAAGUUUGUGCAGCCUGGCUUUUGGUGGACGUCCUCUCACCUACACACCAUUUGAGCAUUUAUAAAUCAAUUUUAUCUCUAUGCUGACAGCUGGAUAGUAUGAAUUUUUUCUGGUCAUAGACGAUCAGCUGACCAGAUGGACUGAAGCAUUCCCUACUGCUCAAGCCACAUCUGCUUUUGUUGCCAAAGUCCUUUUAAAAGACAUUAUUCCCUGCUUUCGCCUACCAGCACAUAUUGACUCAGAUAUAGGAACUCAUUUUACUGAUUCAGUCUUAUCAAAAAUUUAUUCAUGUUGGAGAUAACUCCUAAAUAUCAUAUACCAUAUCAUUCCCAGAGCUCCAGCCAAGUUGAACAAAUGAAUAAAGAACCUUAAAACUAUGAUUGGAAAAUUGUGCAUGGAGACUCAUUUGAAAUGGCCUGAAAUUCUAUCUCUGUCCCUAUUUUGUCUCAGAAGCAGACCCAGAGGUGAUUUACAUAUCUCACCAUCUGAGAUGCUAUUUGGACAUUCACCUAUUCAGGCACAACCAUUUAUCCCUGGCUAUACCUCAUUGUUAGGAGGGGAUACAACCAUUGCUACAUAUAUCAGACAAUUAUAAACAAAACUGCGAGAACUCCAUGACUCUGGAGCUGUUAUUCAAGCAGGCCCCAUAGACUUCUCACUUCAUGAUUUAAACCCAGGUGAUAGUGUAUAUAUAAAGAAUUUCAAACGUACUGGGUUGACUGAAACUGCUUAUGAUGGACCAUUCCAAAUCCUACUAAUUACACCGAUAGCUAUUAAAAUUGGGGAGAGGGACUCAUGGAUUCAUUGUAGCCAUGUAAAACAAGUACCCUCUGUUGAUAAUGAAUAAUUGACUAUAUUGGUAGUGUUUAACUAUUGAUUAUGAUAAGACUUCCUUAUUGUUGGGUUUGUACUAUUUUGUUGCACUUUAUUCGUGCCAUACAGUAUUUUUUUUCUUUCUCUCAUUUUUGCAUUUGAAGCACAUGUAAUUAUAUUGAAAAGAUUUUCUUUUAACUAUUUUUGAAAUAAGCUAAGAUAUCCAUUUACUUGGUAUAAAAAUGCACACCCAAAAGCUUUAGACUAUGGAAACCUGCCACUUAUUGAUAAAUGUUAUGGGCCUAUGAUUAAUGAUUGUGUCUGAUUCUAGAAAAUGGGAUCAAAAAAGGAGCACAGACUUUAUCUACAUAGUGCCAUAGAAGCACAGAUUUAACCUGAAAAGUGCCAAAAGAGCACACAGGUACAAAAGAAACCAAUCCAUGUAGGAUUGAUGAACUUCUACACCAAUAUGAAAGGACUUGAACCUAGUGUGAGACUCAAGGUUGAGGACCUUGACAUAUGUUAAGAUGCAGAACUCCUUGAACCACACUCCUUGUAAAAUAUUUUCUUUGAAAGUACCUAACAAUUAGGUAGUCUGGCUCCCCUAUCCCUGAGAAAUGAUGAAAUAUCAGACCAGGAAAUGACAUUUCCCUUUUUACACAAAAAUCUAGUUCUUUUUCUCUCUUAUAAUAUGGCAACUUCCUGUAUUCUUGGCUGCAAAUGGGUAAGUGAAAUAUUACUGUAUUCUGUCCUACAAGCUUGUGGGAUAAGAUAAAAAUUGCUUUAAUUGGACCCUAAUAACUAGGGCCUGUUAUGAAUUUAUUCUUUUUAAUUCAGAAAUUUUAUGUAAAUAGUUUUUGAUAUUUUGAUUCUGAUUUUGACUUUAUUUCUCUCAAAAGCUUAAUUCUUUUCCUCUAUUUUUCCUUUAUGUUUUUGAUUUUUCUUUUGAUAAUUGACUCAUCACCUAUAAUACAACCACAUUGAGUUGAUCCAUGUGUUGAUAAAUACCCUCUUCAUGGGGGAUGGUAUUGUAUUGUUAUUUUUUUUAAUCCAAGAUUUAAAUUUUGUUUGAGAAGAAUUUCAGGAAAAGAAGUUUGUUAACUCCUUGAAUUCAGAAGAAUAAAGUCUUUGAAAAAAAGAUGCUUGCAGAAACCUACACUGCAUCAAGAAGAUCCAGAAUACACUUUGGGGUGGAAUCGAUUGAACAAAAAGGGAAUUGAACAUUUGUGUAAAUGUAUAUACUUUUAUCCCAAAGGGGACUGCCCCGUAAUUUGGCUUUUUGUCAGUUUGCCUAGCAAAACAUUGGUUUUGCUUCCUCUCUUUUCUGUUUCUCUCUAACUAUUGUAAUUUCCUCUUAGAAAUUGAAAUAUUGUAUACAUCUGUAGUUAGAAAGUUUUUACAACUAUAAGAUGAUUCUUCUAAAUGAUCAAUGGGGAGACUAGUCUCCCAAUGAUCAUCAUGGAGGAGUAUGAAGAUUGGAUUUACCUAUCUCCUGAUUGUAACAAUGAAGAUAAACUUAGCUCUUCCUUUAUUGUGAAGAUUGAAUUGUAAUCCACAAUCUGUUUUUAGAUUUUAAUCCUCAAAAGGUGAUAACUCAGUAUUUUAAGUAAAUCUAUCCAUUUUAACUACAAAAAGGUGUUAAGUCACUACAAAAGGUGAACUAACCAAAAAAAUGUGUUAAGCUACCCAAAAAGGUAUAAUAUAACCAAAGAAGGUGUGAACUAAAGAGUGGACAGUCCUGGAGAAAAGUGUCUGCUGUGAUUGGUAGACGUGAAAAUUUAGGAGAGGUGACACAAGGGGAAAAGGUCUUUAAAAAGAGGACCAGAGGCCAGAAGAAGAUAUUCAACUGAGAAGAUCUAAGAGCUCUCUGACUCAGAGGACAGACUGGAAGACAGACACUUGAGGAGUGACUGGAAGACAGACACCCAGACUUCUUUCCAUUUAGACGGUCACUGUUGGAGGUGGUGACAUUCAAGGAUGUGGCUGUGGACUUCACCAGGGAGGAGUGGUGCCUCUUGUCCCCUCCCCAGAAGGAGCUGUACAAGGAGGUGAUGCUAGAGAAUGCCCAGAACCUGCUCUCUGUGGGGCUUUUAGGUCCCCCAGAAGAUGUGAUCUCUUAUUUGGAGCAGAAGGAAGCCCCAUGGAUGCUGGAGCAAGAAGACCUGAGGGGCUGCUGCCAAGGUUUCCAUCUUUUGGAUAAGUUCCAGUUUGAGAUCUUCCAGAGCUUGUUGAUAGUUUCCAUUUUGGGAGAAGGAGAAAUCAGAUCUGAAAUGAAGGUGAAUAAAACAGAGAUGAGCCCAUCUAUGGAAGAAAUGGACCUACAAAGAUUCAAGAGUGAUGGUCCCAAUAACUUUGCUUUCAAAGAAUUCGGUGUUGCACCUCAAAAUUCAUCUCAUGUUGAAGAACAAAGAAUGCACAGUGAAGAAAAAUGUAGUGAACAUAAUAAGUGCAGAAUGAUGUUUAUGCAUAGGACCGGCCUUGCUGGAUAUCAGAAAAUCCAUACUGGAGAAAGACCUUAUGAAUGCAAGCAGUGUGGAAAGACAUUCAGUCGAAGCUCCAGUCUUGUUGUACAUCAGAGAACCCACACUGGGGAGAAACCUUAUGAAUGCAAGCAGUGUGGAAAGCCAUUCAGUCGGAGAUCCAGUCUUGCUGGACAUCAGAGAACCCACACUGGGGAGAAACCUUAUGAAUGUAAGCAUUGUGGAAGGACAUUCCGUCAAAGCUCCAAACUUGCUGUACAUCAGAGAGUCCACACUGGUGAGAGACCUUAUGAAUGCAAACAGUGUGGAAAGACAUUCAGUCAGCAGUCCCAUCUUGCUAUACAUCAGAGAAUCCACACUGGGGAGAAACCUUAUGAAUGCAAACAGUGUGGAAAGACAUUCACGGUGAAAUCCAGUCUUGCUGUUCAUCAGAGAAUCCACACUGGGGUGAAACCUUAUGAGUGCAAACAGUGUGGAAAGGCAUUCAGUCAGAGGUCCCAUCUUGUUAUACACCAGAGAAUCCAUACUGGGGAGAAACCUUAUGAAUGCAAGCAGUGUGGAAAGACAUUCCGUCGGAGCUACACUCUUGCUGUACAUCAGAGAAUCCACACUGGGGAGAAACCUUAUGAAUGUAAGCAGUGUGGAAAGAUAUUCAGUUGGAGCUCCAAUCUUGCUGGACAUCAGAGAGUCCACACUGGUGAGAGACCUUAUGAAUGCAAACAGUGUGGAAAGACAUUCAAAGAAAGGUCUAUACUUGCUGGACAUCAGAGAGUCCACACUGGUGAGAGACCUUAUGAAUGCAAACAGUGUGGAAAAGCAUUCAGUCAGAGGUCCCAUCUUGCUUUACAUCAGAGAAUCCACACUGGGGAGAAACCUUAUGAAUGCAAGCAGUGUGGAAAGAAAUUCACAAUGAAAUCCAGUCUUGCUGUUCAUCAGAGAAUCCACACUGGGGUGAAACCUUAUGAAUGCAAACAGUGUGGAAAGGCAUUCAGUCAAAAGUCCCAUCUUGUUAUACAUCAGAGAAUCCACACUGGGGAGAAACCUUAUGAAUGCAAGCAGUGUGGAAAGACAUUCUGUCGGAGCUACAGUCUUGCUGUUCAUCAGAGAACGCACACUGGGGAGAAACCUUGUGAAUGUAAACAAUGUGGAAAGACUUUCAGACUGAGCUUUAGUCUUGGUGUACAUCAGAGAAUCCACACUGGAGAGAGACCUUAUGAAGGCAAACAGUGUGCAAAGACAUUCAAAGAAAGGUCCAUACUUGCUGGACAUCAGAGAGUCCACACUGGUGAGAAACCUUAUGAAUGCAAACAGUGUGGAAAGACAUUCAAAAAAAGGUCCAUACUUGCUGGACAUCAGAGAACGCACACUGGGGAGAAAAAUUAUGAAUGCAACCAGUGUGGAAAGACAUUCACAAUGAAACACAGUCUUGGUGUUCAUCGGAGAAUCCACACUGGGGAGAAACUUUAUAAAUGCAAGCAGUGUGGAAAGAAAUUCCAUCAGAGGUAUGAUGUUGCUAUACAUCAGAGAAUCCACACUGGGGAGAAACCUUAUGAAUGCAAACAGUGUGGAAAGACAUUCACGGUGAAAUCCAGUCUUGCUGUUCAUCAGAGAAUCCACACUGGGGUGAAACCUUAUGAGUGCAAACAGUGUGGAAAGGCAUUCAGUCAGAGGUCCCAUCUUGUUAUACACCAGAGAAUCCAUACUGGGGAGAAACCUUAUGAAUGCAAGCAGUGUGGAAAGACAUUCCGUCGGAGCUACACUCUUGCUGUACAUCAGAGAAUCCACACUGGGGAGAAACCUUAUGAAUGUAAGCAGUGUGGAAAGAUAUUCAGUUGGAGCUCCAAUCUUGCUGGACAUCAGAGAGUCCACACUGGUGAGAGACCUUAUGAAUGCAAACAGUGUGGAAAGACAUUCAAAGAAAGGUCUAUACUUGCUGGACAUCAGAGAGUCCACACUGGUGAGAGACCUUAUGAAUGCAAACAGUGUGGAAAAGCAUUCAGUCAGAGGUCCCAUCUUGCUUUACAUCAGAGAAUCCACACUGGGGAGAAACCUUAUGAAUGCAAGCAGUGUGGAAAGAAAUUCACAAUGAAAUCCAGUCUUGCUGUUCAUCAGAGAAUCCACACUGGGGUGAAACCUUAUGAAUGCAAACAGUGUGGAAAGGCAUUCAGUCAAAAGUCCCAUCUUGUUAUACAUCAGAGAAUCCACACUGGGGAGAAACCUUAUGAAUGCAAGCAGUGUGGAAAGACAUUCUGUCGGAGCUACAGUCUUGCUGUUCAUCAGAGAACGCACACUGGGGAGAAACCUUGUGAAUGUAAACAAUGUGGAAAGACUUUCAGACUGAGCUUUAGUCUUGGUGUACAUCAGAGAAUCCACACUGGAGAGAGACCUUAUGAAGGCAAACAGUGUGCAAAGACAUUCAAAGAAAGGUCCAUACUUGCUGGACAUCAGAGAGUCCACACUGGUGAGAAACCUUAUGAAUGCAAACAGUGUGGAAAGACAUUCAAAAAAAGGUCCAUACUUGCUGGACAUCAGAGAACGCACACUGGGGAGAAAAAUUAUGAAUGCAACCAGUGUGGAAAGACAUUCACAAUGAAACACAGUCUUGGUGUUCAUCGGAGAAUCCACACUGGGGAGAAACUUUAUAAAUGCAAGCAGUGUGGAAAGAAAUUCCAUCAGAGGUAUGAUGUUGCUAUACAUCAGAGAAUCCACACUGGGGAGAAACCUUAUGAAUGCAAACAGUGUGGAAAGACAUUCACGGUGAAAUCCAGUCUUGCUGUUCAUCAGAGAAUCCACACUGGGGUGAAACCUUAUGAGUGCAAACAGUGUGGAAAGGCAUUCAGUCAGAGGUCCCAUCUUGUUAUACACCAGAGAAUCCAUACUGGGGAGAAACCUUAUGAAUGCAAGCAGUGUGGAAAGACAUUCCGUCGGAGCUACACUCUUGCUGUACAUCAGAGAGUCCACACUGGUGAGAGACCUUAUGAAUGCAAACAGUGUGGAAAGACAUUCAAAGAAAGGUCUAUACUUGCUGGACAUCAGAGAAUCCACACUGGGGAGAAACCUUAUGAAUGCAAGCAGUGUGGAAAGGCAUUCCAUCAGAGCUCCAAUCUUGCUGUGCAUCAGAGAAUUCACAUGGGGAGAAAACUUAAGAAUACAAGCUAUAUGGAAAGAUCUUCACAUUUAGCUCCAGACUUGCUAUAGUAUGAAUGAAAUUUACCAUCCCUUCUUUCUUGGGCAGCAUACCUGGUAGGAUUCUGAACUUGACUCAGAGGGGAGUAUUUCGUGAUGGGAACCAUUGAGUAUAGAAUGGCAGCAGGGAAAACACUGCAGUAGAGUUGAAAGGUCACAAUGGGGGCAGGAUGAUGUCUCCUGGACUAUCCCCUUGGCUGCCCCCCGUGUGGCUCAAGCAAAAUAGAAAGCCACAGUGAUCUCCUAAGACAAUAUUUGUGAGUGUUAGUGCACGGAGAACUAUUUCGAUAAACUGAGUCAAGAGCAGCUAUUCAAGCUCUUUCAGAUUUUUGUUCUCUGGGCUUACCUGUGAGCAUUGCUAGGGCACCCUAAUAGUGCCCACAGAAUAGUAAGCUAAAUGGAGCAAUGAGGAAGGUAUGUCUCCUGUUUUUCUACCUUUUCUACCUACGUCAUUUGAUUAAACAACAUUUAGACCAGUCUCAUUCCCUUAUAUACCAUACUUCAGAGCAACCACACUCAGCUUUCCUUUUGCUCAAAAUCAGACAAUUCUCUCUAUAUCUUAAGCUCUCCUAAGAUUAGGGCCUGAUGGCAUUGUGUUUAGACAUAAAGUAUGAUCCCAUAAGAAAAUUAAGGGAGCAUUGAAUAAUUAAUCUUUCAGAUCAAUUUAUUGAUAAGGGAAGGAUUUAUGACCAAGUAAGAAACAGAUAACAUAAUAAGGUUUAAAAUACAUGGUUUUUAUUAUAUUAGAUUUAAAACUUUUGUAUGAAAGAAACGAAUAUAGUCAAAAUUAAAAGUGGAAAGGAGUUAUUAUUUGUUUUAAAAGAUGUCUAAUUAAAUAUUUUAGUUUUUAAAAAUUGUAACCCUAUUCACAAAUGCCUGAAUUCAUCAUUUCUUGGCAUCUGGAUCUACAGAGGAGUGAAUUCAGGAAGGACAUAAUGUCUAUGGCCUAUGGAAAUUUCAAAUUAGCACUAUUUUCUAUGUUUUCCUCAAAAAUUUGUAUGAAGCAAAAAUUAGAGAAUAACCAAUGUUAUUGUAAAUUUCAACUAUGAAAUAAAAUUAUUGGCUUUGCA